GGAGGGUCAUGUACAGAGAAGAUUGCUUUUUCUCUGUCUGGUUAUCUCUCUCUCUCUCUCUCUCUCUCUAAUUUUCUCUCUCUAGAAAUUGGUAAGAUUUCUGAAUUAUUCUCCUGGUUCAUCAUUUACAUUGUCUAUCUUGAUUUAAAUCUUGAGGGAAUAAGUAAAAGCUGGGAUUUUUCUUCAUUUUUAGUGUACUGAGAUUUAGUGGGAACUGUUUGAUUUUUUUUGCUUUGUUUUUGGGGUACUGAUUACCUUUUUUUCUGAUCUGGGUUGUUGAAUGAUUUCAAUCUUUUUGAGCUUGAAGAGGGUAAGUGUAGCUAAAAGGGGAGUAACUAGAGCAUUGGUAUUAGGGAAGGGGGAUUAUUGCACAUUUUAUUUGUCAUCAUUUUCAUCAUCAAAAAUCAUACAAGUAGUGUUUGGUAAUAUUUGAUGAUGAUAAUGAUGGUGAAAAUGAAGUAUAGGGCUUUUUUGACCAGAGUAAAAGAGUUCAGAUAAAGCACAAGGAAAAGAAAAGAUGUCCCCUUUGAUACCAAUUCUUGAUUGUUUUGGUCAAUAAGGAAGGGAGAGAGGAAAAAAGAAAAGGAGUGUAAAACUCUUUGCUACUUUCUUUAUCUUCUCUCUUUUUUCAUCCACACGCUUCAUCUCUCAUUCUUGGUCUUCAGAUGUGAUGUUCCUUGAACAACAACACAGCCUCUUGGUAAAAAGGGUUUCUGUAUUUAAGUGAUUUUAAUAGGUGUGUUUUUUCGGGUGCAAAAGGGGGUUGUGAAGAUGCCUAUGUACCAGCCAUCUAGUAGGGGGAGGGAGGGGUUUGAGGUGAGUGGGGGUGGGCAGGUAUUGGAUCUGGAAACUGCAGUCAAAGAUGGGAUCUUGGGUGGUGGUGGUGGGGUGGUUCAUAGUUGUGCUACUGGGGAAAAAUUUGAUCUGAAGAAGAUGAUUGAGGAGCUGGAUUCAAUUGAAAUUCCAUCAGUUUUCAUUUGUCCCAUCUCUCUAGAGCCAAUGCAAGAUCCUGUGACCCUGUGCACAGGGCAAACUUAUGAGAGAUCCAACAUCCUCAAGUGGUUCUCUUUGGGGCACUUCACUUGCCCCACCACAAUGCAGGAGCUUUGGGAUGACUCAAUAACCCCAAAUAGUACCCUUUACCAGCUCAUUUACAGCUGGUUUACUCAGAAGUAUCUUGCUAUGAAGAAGAGGUCUGAGGAUGUGCAAGGAAGGGCUUUGGAGCUCUUGGAGACUCUGAAGAAAGUUAAAGGUCAAGCUAGAGUUCAAGCUUUGAAAGAGUUGAGGCAAGUUGUUUCUGCUCAUGAUUCAGCCAAGAAAACAGUUGUGGAUAAUGGUGGGGUUGCUCUGCUUUCUUCACUAUUAGGCCCUUUUACCACACAUGCUGUUGGGUCAGAGGCGAUUGGGAUUUUGGUGAAUUUGGAUUUUAGUUCAGAUGCGAAGACGAACUUGAGACAACCAGCUAAGGUUUCGUUAAUGGUAGACAUAUUGAAUGAGGGUUCGAUUGAUACGAAAAUCAAUUGCACUAAAUUGAUUGAAAUACUAAUCGACGGGGAGGAUUUUGAGUCCGAAAUCGUGUCAAGCUUGAGUCUUUUGGUGGGAGUACUUAGAUUAGUUAAGGAUAAGAGACAUCCGAAUGGGGUGUUGGCUGGCCUUAGAUUGCUGAAAAUGAUUUGCUCACAUGAAUCUGUGAGGAACUCGGUGGUAAGCAUUGGGGCUGUUCCUCAAUUGGUGGAGUUGUUACCCACUUUGAAUCCCGAGUGCUUAGAAUUGGCACUCUAUGUUCUCGAAGCGUUAUGUACCCUUCCAGAGGGUGGUCUGGCUCUAAAGAAUUGUCCUAGUGCUAUCCCCGCCAUUGUGAAGCUAUUGAUGAAGGUGUCAGAGAGCUGUACUCACUUUGCCUUGUCAAUUUUGUGGGCAGUUUGCAAGCUUGCUCCAGAGGAAUGUGCUGCACUUGCUGUUGAUGCAGGUCUAGCGGCAAAGUUGCUUCUUGUCAUUCAGAGCGGUUGCAAUCCAGUUCUGAAGCAACGCUCGGCAGAGCUCUUGAAGCUAUGUAGUCUAAAUUAUACAGCUACCCUUUUCAUUUCAAAAUGUAAACUUACAAGAACAAUACAAUGAUUGGAGGAAGUAGUGAUUUGUUCAUAUAAAUCUUGUCACAUUUCUUCCAUCCAGAGGAGAAAGAAACUGAGCAGGCCGGAGAGGUUAAAGAUUUUCACACAGAAAGUUUCAUUGAGCUUCAAGGUACCUGUUUCUCCCUGUACAUGUUGAUAAAAGGAUUUGGUCUUCCAAGAGGCCUCAUAAUGUGGAUCUAUGGCUAAAUGAGAAUGACCACUGGACAAGAAUUAUCUGCUCUAGGUCCUCCAAAUUGUAUUUUACAAUAAUCCAGGCAAGCCUCUCAUCCAAACUCGCGCACAAAUGUUACGGCAAGUGGUGCCAUGCGGUAAUCGGCUGCGUAGUUACUACAUUAUGUAAAAGAAUGCCGCAAACACCUUGUGGAUUACUGUCAGUUGGGAAUGUAAACACUCAUAAACUGGUACGGAAAGAGAAUUUUACCAGCCCUGUAUUUACAAUUGUAAUAGUGGUUUAUUGGAUUUGCAUUCCAUUAAUCCAAAUUAUUGAGUUUAUCGCAUCUUUCUUGAAGGUCCGUGAGGACCUUCAUGAUCA